UUCACAUAGUUUCACUCACCAAAAUGGCCAGAAUAAAGAGAAAGGGAAAAUCCGGGGCAGCCAAGAACUUCAUCACGAGAUCUGCGGCUAUUUCUAAGUUGCAGAUCACGUUGGCGGAUUUCCGCCGUCUCUGUAUCUUCAAGGGUAUCUUUCCAAGAGAGCCCAGGAACAAGAAGAGAGCGAACAAAGGCUCGACUAAAGCCGUUACUUUCUACUACGCCAAGGACAUCCAAUACUUGUUGCACGAGCCUGUAUUGAACAAGUUCAGAGAACACAAGACCUUUGCCAAAAAAUUGAGCAAGGCCUUAUCGAAGAACGAAAUCACCGAUGCCGACAAACUCGAGAAGACUCGCCCCAAAUAUACUUUGGACCAUCUCGUCAGAGAAAGGUACCCUUCAUUCCCGGAUGCAUUGCGGGACCUCGACGAUCCGUUGAAUAUGUUGUUUUUGUUUGCCAACAUGCCGGCCACGAAUCGUGUCAGUCACCGUGUCACGAAAGACGCCGCCAAAUUGACCAACCAGUGGCUCGCCUAUGUGGCCAAGGAAAGACUUAUCAAAAAGGUGUUUGUUUCCAUUAAAGGUGUGUACUACCAGGCCAACGUGAAAGGCCAGGAAGUGCGGUGGUUGGUGCCGUUCAAGUUCCCCACGAACAUCCCCUCUGACAUUGACUUCAAAAUCAUGUUGACGUUCUUGGAGUUCUACUCCACCAUGUUGCACUUUGUGUUGUUCAAGUUGUACGCCGACGCAGACUUAGUGUAUCCUCCUCCUGUAAAUACCGAGCAGUUGAAGGGCAUUGGCGGAUUGUCCAGUUACGUCUUAAAGUCCAAGCAAGAAGGCUUAAACACGUUGCUUCCCAACGAGAAGGUUUCUGCCGAGAUCCCCGAACAAGAGGCGAGCACGAAAUUAUCUGAGAAGGACAUCCAGAGAGCCAAGGACGCCGACGCGCAAGAGGACGAGGAUGUCGUUGAGGAAAACGUGGAAACCGUCGAGUUGGAUGAGUUUGCGUCUGCCAACAAGAACCCAGGAGACUUGUUGAGCCAGCCCAGCAAAUACUCUUCCCCAAGCUCCACUCUCUUUAGCGACUUCACGUUCUUUGUCGGCCGUGAGGUGCCUUUGGACAUUCUUGAGCUUUGCAUCUUGUCGGCAGGAGGAAAGAUUGUGUCUGAGAUUGCCUUGGACGAGCUUAAAUUGAAAAACCCCGAGUCCUAUGCUAAGUUGGACUUGUCCACAAUCACCCAUCUGCUUGUGGACAGACCCAAGAUCUUGAACAAGGUUGCAGGCCGUACUUACGUGCAGCCACAAUGGGUGUUUGAUAGCAUAAACAAGGGUGAGCUUGUUUCCGCAAGCCAGUAUGCUGUGGGAGAAACCUUGCCUCCACAUUUGUCACCAUGGGGAGAUGCAGGCAACUACAACCCUGAACAACCUGCCCAAGGUGAUGCCGAGGGCGAGUCUAGCGGGGAAGAGGAGAUUGAGGGUGAGGAGCUUGCUGACGAGGAUGAGGAGGAGGAAGAAGACGAAGACCUCAGGCAACAAAAGGAGUUGGAGUUGGAGGCUGCUGGUGUCAAGUACUCGGACGCGCAGACUGGCUCCGCUGGCAAGAAGGCCAAGAAGCCUAAGAAGUCUGAGGAGGAAGAGGAGAAGGAGUUGAAGACAAUCAUGAUGAACAAGAAGCUGAAGAGAUUGUACGACCGCAUGCAACAUGGUAUUGAGAAGAAGGACAGCCGUGUGGAGAAGUUGGCCAAGAAGAGAAAGCAGAUCGAGAAGACCAAGAAACAGUUAGAAAAGUUGCAGUAGGCACAUGCCACCAUGUAUAGUAAUAACCAAGGAUAAAGCUGGAUCCCAGAGAGAGUGGGCUAUAUUAAGCUGGAGGACAUUUGGCCUGGGCGGGGGUGUUUGGCUUUUAGAUCCGGUUUGGUAGUUGUUUGACUACUGAUGGGUUUGAUUGCGGGAGAAACUUCAUUGUUAUAGUUGGUAUGAUCCUAUGGAUCACAGGGAGAAUAUUGAUACUCACUCUAAUCAUGGUUUGUAUAUGGCUAUAU